ACUGGAGAACCCCGCGCGCAUCCGUUUUUGCGAUGCGCAGCCCGCAUCACAAACACCCUCACCACAUGACACGCGUUCUCCUGGCUUAGCCGCUGCAUCACCGACAUACUUUCUGCGCUAAAAUGUACUUCUACUCCCAGCCGCAACCUUAAUCCUUGACUAGAUGUCAACUUACCUUCACAAGCUUCGCGACUACCCGUUUAUCUAGGUGUGACCUGGAAGCCAGAUACCAGCCACAGAUUCUGAGCGCGAACCGUUAACAUGAUCGUCAACAUAGUGCUUGAGCAUCCUCACGAGCACUACACCAAUCUCGAUGUCAUACAAGGGAGGGUCUUCUUGCGCGUGCCGAAUCCGACCAACAUUAGCAGCAUUGUUGUGAAGCUUGAAGGCGAGAGCAGGACCAGGCUACUGGCACCCAUACAUCCAAACAGGCCAGACAAGCAGAGACCAGUCCUAGAAGUGCACAAGUUCUUGUACAAGACACAAGUGGUAUGGCCGACGAAUGUGCGUCCCGAAGACAUCGCCCAGAACUCGAAAGCGGCCUUCACUAUCAAUGCUGGGUCCUUUGAGUAUCCGUUUCAGUUCAAGCUGCCUCUGAACACGCAAUGUCAGCAGACGAACAAUCCCAUCUCUAAUGUUUCCUUCUCAAACGCGAUCCCCGAAUUCGCAAAGACACCAACACAACACGUCAAGGCGACACUUCCUCCUACACUAAGCGGUUUCCCGGGGGAGGCCGAGAUACGAUACUAUGUCAAGGUCACAGUGAAUAGGCCACAGUUCUUCAAAGAGAACCCGAGAGCGAUAGCAAACUUCACUUUCCUCCCAAUCGAACCUCCGAGACCAGACAAGACAGACGGAGAGGCAUAUGCAAGGCGACAACACGAGUUUCUGGAGAAUGCACCGAGCGUGGCAGCGGGUAAAAGGCUGAGCUUCUUCGAUAGAAAGAACUCGACGGGAAGUAUCCCGCCAUCGCCGACAUCAGGCAGUGUACCACCUCGGGUAGCGAUCGAUGCGCGAUUGCCCAAUCCUGCGAUCCUUACUAGCAACCAAGACGUGCCACUAAGACUGCUCGUGAAGAAUGUCAGCGCGCGUACAAAGAACAUUUACCUACAGAUGCUCCAGAUUGAGCUGAUAGGAUACACUAAGGUACGUGCGCACGAAGUGUCGCGUACGGAGUCGAAUAGUUGGAUAUUGUGCUCCUUCAGUAAUAUGGCUAUCCCAAUUGGGUCUCCGGAAGACCCUGUAGAUACGGAGGUUCCCAUCAAUGCGGAGUACUGGUCUGGAAAGCCGGUGCCCAACACCGUAUCGCCCAGCUUCACAUCAUGCAACCUUGCGCGUUUCUACGAAUUGGAGAUACGCGUCGGCAUCGGUUAUGGAAGCUACAAGCACGGUGAAGAUCAGCUCAUCGUUCUACCACUUAGACUACCAGUCAAGGUCUAUUCAGGCAUCGCUCCGCCCAAAGCUCUUUUGGAAGCUGGUUUCAAUGCAGAGAAGCCCGGAACUCUUGCCCCGCCACCCCACGCGGCCCCUCGUCCUCAUACUCCAACGACGCCAACGCAUGGAGGCUUUGAUGGUGCCAAUGCCUUCUCUGGACAGCCAAUACAACCCCAGCAUGCUCCUGCGUAUGACGAUGCCCCACCGAGCUACGAGGAUGCAAUUGGACAGGAUCUUCCUCCGAUCAAUGGGUACAGAGGCAGUUACCAGCCUCCUCCUGUGCCCGAAGGCGCGCCAAGAUUUUCCGAUGAGAAGAGACGAUGAGAAGUCGUGCUACAGGGGAGCUCGUUUUGAUAGAUUAUAUCUUAGCAAUCGUGUACUCUUAGUGGUUGUGAAGCUGUUCACAUAAAGACGCGGCGGAUAUUCUUAGGGUGCAUGAUAGGCAAAGCUGAAGCGUUGAUGGUCGGCCCAGAUGUGUCAAGAAGUGGCGAUGUGGGCUGUUGGUAAUCGAGGGAGUUUGGGCCGCAACAAAUAAACAAAGAGGCACGCGCAUUGCAGCCGAAGCGGGGGAAUGCAGCAUUUCUGAAGAAGAGGCCGGAUGUUGUUCUGUUCAAUGAGUAUAAUUACUAAUAGCAUUUCUGGAAACAUAGGGGGCUUUCAGUAUCCAAUCAGUAUCAUGUUUGAUGCAGUCGUCCCAAACAUGUGUAUCCAGGUGCGGGGUAUUUUGCACACGCUCAAACAGACGCGCAUAGCCGGC